UGUUGUUCGCUUACAGGAGGACAUAUUUAUUUUGUCGCGGUUUCCCAACUAUUUUGCCGGAUUCUCAGGCUUUUACAUCGCUCGCCAUUUUACCGCCUGACUGAUCGGUCGCUUGGACAACGGCUUGGACAAAGCCUUAUUAUUAUUAUUUUUUUUAGUGCAAUUAGGUCGAAAGGGAUGCAGCUGCAGACGGACCCCGACGUGCGCAAACAGUCCCUCGAUUUAAUCUCGUCGCAUUUAAUCGGAAAGAGUAGUUUUUCUAUAAACCGAAAGGGCCUCAGGGUGGCGUAUUCUCGACCGAGUGCUUGUUUAAGAUGCUUAAACGCCCACUAAUCGCUCGACUGUAAACUCGUAAAAAAAAAAGGAGAAGCAAGAGGACUGGGGGGGGGGAGAUAUCUCAACAAUAAUAACAAUAGCCAGCCGAGCUAGCUGCUAACAUUAGCUUGGAGGUGACCUGAGCCACACACAAAAAAAGGAGCCGCGAAGACUCAAGAGUGAGCCAAGCGACUUUUGUGGAAGGUUGAAUUGGCGUUGGCGUCGAGGAAUAUCGACUCGAAGGCGAUGAAGUUGCUGGAAAACUCAAGUUUUGAAGCACUCAGCUCACAGCUGUGUGCUGAAACAGGAGAGUCUCGUAUCCUUGGCAGGAUCGAGAGCUACUCGUGCAAGAUGGCGGGCGACGACAAGCACAUGUUCAAGCAGUUCUGCCAGGAGGGCCAGCCGCACAUCCUGGAGGCACUGUCCCCGCCGCAGUCCGCCAGCGCCGCCAGUCCCGAGCUGCUGGCCAAGAGCGGGGAGGAUGCGGAGAGCCCUCUGAGCGACAAGUGCUGCAGGAAGACCAUCUUCUACCUCAUCACCACGCUCAACGAGUCCUUCAGGCCGGACUACGACUUCAGCGCGGCGCGGGCGCACGAGUUCAGCCGGGAGCCGAGUCUCAACUGGGUGGCCAACGCGGUCAACAGCAGCUUGUUCUCGGCCGUGGGGGAAGGAUUCAACUCUCUGGGACCCGAGCUGUGGAACGCCAUCGACCAGGAGAUCAACCUGCCCGCCUGCGACAUCUACAGUUACAAUCCCGAUUUGGACUCUGAUCCUUUCGGGGAGGAAGGCAGCUUGUGGUCCUUCAACUACUUCUUCUACAACAAGAAGCUGAAGAGGAUCGUCUUCCUCACGUGCCGCUACGUCAGCGUCCUGAGCGGCUGCGGCGGAGACGGCCUGGAUAACGACGAGCUGGACAUGGAGCUGGACGACCGGGACGAGGAGGACGAGCUGGACGGCUUCGCAGAGGACAGGCAUCCCAGAGUGGUUUGUGUUUGAGUCUUCACCCGCUGCCAUUGUGAUUUCCACCCAAAGCCAUUUUCACACUUUUUGUAGGACUAAAUGCAUGUAUGAGUUUUUGUUUUUAAUGAACAUGCACUUGAGACUCAGUGGAGCUUGUUUGUUAUUGUUUUGAACUCUGAAAUGUUCUUUCAAAAAAUGCUGUUUAUCUCCACUUUCAUUAACAAAGCUCAUUCUCUAUUGCUUUUAUGUCAAACAUUUUCCUUUUUUGUGUCCCAAAUAUUCCUGUUUUUCUACAUUUUUGUGCAAACAUGAUUGUAGAGUACAACCAAGCUAAAUGACUGUGUAUCUGUGCUAUAAUAUAUUGCUGAUGUGAAUAAACCUUUUUGUGUGA